CUUGCAUCAUCGAUUGGGCUUACCAAGGCAAUUGAUACCAAACGUGCGGGCCAAGGUACAAUGAUAGAGGCACAGGAAGAGAUCGAGUUUUUAACCCCAAAUAUUUGAUUUGCUAUUUUUAUCUCGCAUUUCUAAUUGUCUUCACAGGAUGCUAUUAUACAAGAGAACUGGAGAAAAUUAUCUGUGCCGGUAAUUAUCGAACCGGUGUCUUAUAAACCAAGUGGGACAGAUCGCGAUGACUUGUUUAAUUACUGCGAAUCAUGUUAUUCAUUUUUCGAUCUCUUUAGGCGGUGAACCAACCAGCAACAUUGAUGCACCUGUAUACGCGUUAAACGUGCCAUACAAUGUCAUAACGUCAUUGUCAAACGCAACAUGGGAAUCGAUCGCGGUGAAUGGAGUAACCGAAGUACCGAAAACUUCGACAGGUGUUAUCAUGGCCCCCAUCAAUUCAAAAGGCGAUCGGUUUUACUACCAAGGCGGCCUCACAUGUCCAGCAUGUCCUCCAAAUUCCGGCCAUGUCUUUGAUCUCAAUCGUAGAUCAUGGCGCAAAGUGAAUGAUGAGCCUGUUAGAUAUGGCGCGCACGCGUUCCUGGGCAACGACACCAUAAAUUACUUUGGCGGUGUCAAGGGUGAUGUCGAGUUUGGAAACGUCACCAAACCAGGCGUUGUAGAUCGAUUAAAGAUCAUCGAAACAUCGAAUUUUGUUUCACGGAGCAUGCUUCGCACUUCGAUAGAUUACUACAUUCCAGGACUUUAUUAUCACGCCACAGCGUGGCACCCUGACGACGGUUCACUUACCGUCAUUGGUGGACUUAUGCAUGACAAUAAGGACCUUGACAAACCAAAAAUACUAAUGAAUAUGACAACCUAUCUCUAUAUCUUGCCAUCCAAGAAUCUGUAUCUCGUCGGACCCCCGAGCCGGGAAUCCGUAGUACCCGAGGCACGAUUUGGUCAUACACUGGUGUAUAAUUCCGCAGGACAGGCUGUAUUAUUUGGAGGAUGUGAUUUGUCUAACAAGCCAAUCGACUCCAAUAUUUGGACAUUUAGUCGUUUUUCAUGGACUCCGCGGGCCGCAAAAGGAGAGCCACCAUCUCCGAGAUGCAUGCAUUCAGUGGUUGUAAUUGAUGAUUAUAUGGUGGUUCUCUUUGGUAAAAAUGGUAACGAGACCUACGUCGACGAUCCAGUGAAGGCUUUGAAUAUGCGAACAUGGGAAUGGACCAAUGAACUCUAUCUGGAAUCGGUUUCUAGGCCCUCUGUCUCUCCCAACGCUAAUGCUAAAUCAUCCGGUCUAAGCGCUGGAGCCAUAGCGGGUAUCGUUGUUGGCGCAAUAGCUGCUGUUAUUUUCGUUGUUGCGAUCGGUUGGUUGAUCACAAGACGAAAGAAAACCCGUCAACAGCUUGCCAACAAUGAACGCGUCUCUGAACUUUUAAACCAUCAUGAACAUCCACCCCACUACGACGAUCAUCUAAAUACCAGCUAUACCUCUAUUUCUUACAAUGGUCAAACACCAUUCUAUAAGAAAUCUUUUUUUGGUACGAGAGCGCUGAUGUUACCCGACUCUUCAUCAGAAGCACGCACUAGCGCCACCAGUAUGACACUAAUUGGAAAGCUUCAAAAGCCGGAUGCUAUCUGAUCACCCUAGCAGCCAAUCUGCUGGGACCUGUCGUACAAAGUCAUCAUUGUUCUCUGGCCAGCUCUUGUUGAUUGAAAAAUACAGUACAACUAGGGCGGAGCCCCUUACCCCAUAUACUCAAUUUGCAUCGCAUAGUUUUUCCAUGGAAAGCUGUUGACAUAUCCAUUUCAAAAAGAUUACCCAACUUAGACUUGCAAUUCGAGUCAAAAAAAUGGUCAAUAAAUG